AAGACAGUGUUGCCUAACCUGUAACUCUUCUGGUCAGCUGUGUGUUGGAUUUCCGAGAGACAAGAGAUUACCUCAUCCCUGAACACAAAGGUAGACUUUACAUACGGAGCAGAAAUGCAGACGGACGCCUACGUAAUUCAGGUGAACGGCUCCUCGGUCCACCCCAAGGUCCUGGAUGUACACGUCAACAUUCAAGGGACAAAUGGCAUCGAGAAGAUCAAAAACCGAAAACCGAGGUGGUCAAUACGGGCGUCUGAAAUGUCAAAGAAGACGUUUAAUCCCAUCCGAGCCAUUGUGGACACUAUGAAAGCCACCCCCAAUCCCAACAAGCCAUUGAUUGCCUUGUCUAUAGGAGACCCUACGAUAUUUGGAAACCUUCCAACUGAUAACGAGGUUACCAGAGCUAUGAAGGAAGCAAUCGACUCUCAGAAGUAUAAUGGAUACGCUCCAAGUAUAGGAUAUCAGUCAAGCAGGGAAGUAAUUGCCAAAUUCUACACGUGUCCCGAAGCUCCAUUGGAAGCCAAGGACAUUAUCCUCACCAGUGGUUGCAGCCAAGCUAUUGAACUGGCUCUGGCCGUGCUAGCCAAUCCAGGCCAAAACAUCCUGGUCCCUCGGCCUGGGUUUUCCCUCUACAAGACAUUGGCUUUAUCUCUGGGGGUGGAAGUGAAACUCUACAACUUGAUUCCAGAGAAGUCCUGGGAGAUUGAUCUGAAACACAUGGAGUCUCUAGUGGAUGAUAAGACCGCCUGUAUCAUUGUCAAUAACCCAUCCAAUCCUUGCGGAUCUGUCUUCAGCAAAAAACACUUGCAGAAAAUUAUUGCUGUGGCAUCCAGGCAGUGUGUACCUAUCCUGGCUGAUGAGAUCUAUGGAGACAUGGUUUUUGAAUACGGCGCCUUCCAGGCUCUCGCGCCACUGAGCACUAAUGUCCCGAUUUUGUCAUGUGGCGGGCUUGCUAAGCGUUGGCUGGUGCCAGGUUGGAGGAUGGGGUGGAUUUUAAUCCACGAUCGGAAAGAGAUUUUUGGCAAAGAGAUCAGAGAGGGCCUUGUACGCCUAACUCAGAGAAUUCUCGGUCCAUGCACCAUCGUCCAAGGAGCACUGGAUCACUUAAUCAACAGGACUCCUCAGCAUUUUUACGACAACACCAUCAACUUUAUCAAGUCUAAUGCUGACCUCUGCUACAAUACCCUCUCCACCGUCCCUGGACUCUGCCCUGUCCGACCGGCAGGAGCCAUGUAUUUAAUGGUUGGGAUUGACAUGGAACACUUUCCAGAAUUUCAGAGCGAUGUGGAUUUCACGGAAAGAAUGAUAUCUGAGCAGUCCGUCUUUUGUCUCCCGGCUACAUGCUUUGAAUAUCCCAACUACUUUCGGAUCGUGCUCACCGUUCCAGAUGAAUUGAUGUUAGAGGCCUGCCGGCGCAUUCGGGAGUUCUGCCUGGAGCAUUACCAAGGUGGAGAGGCUGUGCAGGACCUGGAGUGCGACAAAUAACAAGACGUUCUGUAUCCUCACCGUGUGAGGUGUUCCUCAAUAACUCCAUCACCCAUUUGAUACAUUUCAUCUUCAUCGAACUGCUAGAAAAACCUUAACAAGUAUUUCCUAUACUCCAUGACAAAAGAUGUUUUAGUCUUUAGUCUUUGAAUAACCAAAGAACAUAUUACGUUAAAAAAAUGGAGGUGUCUCUACGCAUGGUAGCAAGCUAUAUAUACUGUAUCUAAACAAUUUUGAUGAAUUGAUUUUGAUUGACUUAGGAGGAGAGUUUCACCGUUUUUUUUUU